ACCGUAGAAGAACCCCUUGCAGCGGCUGUGCUAUCCGGCGCUUGGGGGAGGCAAUUGGUAAAGUUUUCAUGCCGAAACGCUAAACAAAAUUGGGCUAUGCAGGGUGCCGAGCAGACCUGCAAGCACGCCGAAGCCAGUGAAAGGUAAUGGACCCAAGGGACACGGCUUGAGCUCCGGCUGCAUGUAGCCUUGCGGUCACUGAGCGUCUGUGUUUCUCCACGGCCCGGCUUCGAGUGCUGCAUUCAAGCUGGAUCCUUCACAAGUCACCGGCAUGGAGCCACAGCCGGGUGUGCUGGACAUUCUGGCUCAGUUCUGCCACCGGCUGCUGCAUUGGGGCCCACUGACGGCGCUUUUCAUCAUCAAAUUCAUUUUUCUGACCAGCCUGUACGUGACAUCUAUGUGGCUCUCGCCUUAUGGUUCAACGUUAGGUACCGUCAACCACGCGAUAUUCAUCGGUUGGGUUGGAGUCCUCCUGUACAAUUUCUUCAUGGCCGUCGCUAUGGGACCGGGCUUCGUGCCUCUGAAGUGGAGGCCGGACCAGCCAGAUGACGAGCAGUUCCUGCAAUACUGUGCAAACUGUGAUGGAUUUAAGACACCACGGUCACACCACUGCCGUAAAUGUGAAAGGUGUGUCCUCAAGAUGGACCAUCACUGUCCAUGGAUCAACACUUGUUGUGGGCACCGGAACCAUGCCAACUUCACACUUUUUUUGUUCUUUGCUGUCUGUGGCAGCAUUCAUGCCUUGGUGCUGUUGAUCAUGGGCCUGGCUAAAGCCUAUCACAGGAAAUAUUACAUGCGCCAAGGCCAAGAGGACAAUCUAGUCUACCUGGGUUUCUUCCCUUUUCUGGCCACGGUGCUGAGCCUGGGCUUAGCCAUUGGUGUCAUCAUUGCAGUGGGAAGCCUCUUUGUUAUACAGCUCAAAAUUAUCAUUCGCAACGAGACGACUAUUGAGAACUGGAUCGUGGCCAAGGCCCAGAUGCGAGAGCGUGAAGAGGAAGACGACUUUGUCUAUCCAUACAACCUGGGCGUGGCUGAGAACCUGAAGCAGGUCUUUUUGUACCCACUUGGUGAUGGCAUUACCUGGCCUGUGGUGCCUGGGUGCAACCAGUACACACUCACUGUUGAGCAAAUUCUUCAGAAGCAUGACAAGCGGCUACGAACCCGCCUGUACACUGUGGUACACCCAUAUCGUGGCUCCUUUUUCCCAAUAUCACAUGGCUGCUCUGUUUGCAUGACGACACCACUCACUGAUGAGCCCCGCAUUGCAGUCAGCCCUGGUGAUCGUGUUCUUGUAACUCGGUGGAAAAAGCACUGGCUUUAUGGAGAGUUAGAAAGUGCAAAGUUUUCAACGAAAUCUUCACGCAGGCUGAAGGGCUGGUUCCCACGGCAGUGUGCAGUUGAGGUGGCUGGCAGUAAGGGGAGCCGGAGCUGCACAGAGGCAUCAUCAAGCUAUGCCGACCACAAGAAGUACAAGUGAAACGUGCCAUCACAUCACUGCACCGCUGCAGCCUCUAUUGUCUGCCAAGCUUAGCUGCCAGAUUUCAGACCAGUCAAAUUUUCCCUCCCGUGGGCAGCUGUCCCUGUUGCGUGUGGAUGGACUCGGCUGCUCCCCAAGUCAGUUGUAAAUACCAUUUACAAAGAGAAAUUUUCGUCACUUUGCCUUUCUUGAAGGAGCCUGCUGAGUCAUUUCUCAAUUUUUGUUUGCUGUUCUGAAGUAGCUAGAGGAAGUUUCUACUGUCAUGCCUUGAAAAGAAAACAACGGCAUGGGUUAUUCAUGAAAAGCUGCGCAUGGCUUUAUUCUUCAGGCUGACUGAGAGGUGGAGAAAGUCAGCAUGUUAUUGUGCGGUGGGCUGCCAGAGAGUUUACUAGACGGUGCCUUUCCAUGAAUUGUAGUUUUUAAGUAGACAUUUCCAGUAGUAAGGCUUCUCAAGGGGCCUCUCAAGAAUGUUGUCUUCGCAGUGGGUUUAAGUUGGGAUCAAAGCACAUGUCGCCAAUGAAUGCUUGUUCCAUAGCUAGGAUUUAAAGGAAAGGUUAAAAAAAAAAAGUGGCUUAUGGUGCAAGAGUUGCAAUGGCACGUGUCACAUCAACAAAGUUAGGUGCAGAAGUUGGAGGCAAGGCUUGAAGAGUCUGUAAGAUUUUAUACAGGGGCUUUGCUGCCAGUAACGAUAACUAAAAGAGCUGUGAUAUUACUACACAGGUGAAGUCGCAGAGCAGAAGAAGCGUAUGAAAAUGAGUGGAAGUAGAUGGUGCAUUCAUUGUUCAUUUUAGUGGUUGUCACCUUGCUUGGUUUAUGGCGCUUUGUAUUUGUAAUGGGAAGGAUCAGAGCAGCAUCUUAAGACUGUUACUUAAGGCCCAAAGAUGUUUGAACCAAGGAUAUCUGUAGUGAUAGUGUAGCUACAGAGACAGCUGUGUAUUGGCACACCAGAAACAACUAAUAAAUAUUCAUGUUUUCCAUACCGAAACCAGAAAGUGACACUAUUACAGCUCAUUGGAUGUGACGCAGAACACAGACUCGAGGAGUGACCAGAACGAUCAUGCUGAAAGGCAGGAAAAAUACCAUAGGGCAGCUCCCUACGACCUGCAUGCGGUUCUGAGAUUGAUGUUGCACAAUCGACUCUCGUUACAACAGACCCUGAUAAUCCGACAAAAAAUGUCCAUUUUAUCCGAAGUCCAUAAUAUCCGAACGCCUCACUUACGAAAUUUUGGUUGCGAUGUGUAACAACGUUAUUGCAAAGAGUGAGUGACGAACAUCCAAAGUAAGAAACAAAAAAAAAAGUAGCAGUUUCACCCAAAAGGCGAAGCAUCAAUUGCGAUAGCAAAUUAGUACAGUUAUGCGAAGUAAGGCUAGUAGUUUUAUCGGCAGUAUAAAGUUGUAAGCAUUCACUUACUAACUAAAUUAACAAGCAUGGUGCCACGCGCGCGCAGGUAAACAUGAGCGCACCUUGCUCUAUGAACGCAGAAGUCGCUGUAAAAACGUUGGAGUGAGGAAUCGCGGCAGCAGCAGCGAUCGAAUUGACUUUCAAGCAGCGCGAGUGAAAAGUCGAAAGCAAAGCGUAUGUGAAGCUGCCAGCACUAUGCGCACUCAGCAAACAUUGCAGAUCGCUUCCAAGAUGAGGCGCCCAUGCAGCCAGGCUGUAAGCAACAGUCACCAGAGUAGAACUCCCCUCUCCCUUUUUGCCUCCCCCCCGUGGCUCACAUGCCAAAUUACGCUGCGCCUCUGCCACGCUUUCCUCCCUCCCUCGCGCGCAUGCACGCACAAUAUUGAGCCACGAUUGUCGGCUGACCCUCGCAAAUCAGUUGCUAGCCUGUGUCAAUACGGCAAAACUCCAUUUUAUACGGCCGAUUUUGACAAAAAUUACCGCUAAUUUUGUCCGCUGUAGCUGGUAGUCCGUUGUAGCGCGUUCCAUUAAAAGCGAACUUCGUUGCAUUAAUAAUAUAGGUAGGGUAAACUAAGGUUGAAAUAUGGUCCAGUAUAUCGGAAAGUCUGUUGUAUGCGGGUCCGUUGUAACGAGUGUAGACUGUAUCUGCCUUGUUGUGUAGCUGCAUGGCACACUGCUAGAGGUGCCUGUCGUCUGCUAUGGGCAAUCUGAAACCUGUUAUAAUUGAGCUAUCUGUGUGAUUGCUAGCCUUAUGACUUUGCUGCAAAUGCUUUGGUGACAUCUGCUAUCGGAUUUUAACAAAUUCAGCACGAGUGAAAUUUUGUUACAGUUGACUUUUUGAAAAAUAAGUUGAGCUGUAUUAGUAAGUUAUUGUUCAAUAAUAGGAGGCCUGAUAAGUCGGGAAAAGCUCUAAAAUGAAAGAUAGGUGGCAUCGCUAUUUUAAGUUACCAUACCAGCUUGCCAUGAUGUCAUGAAUCUUGAUGGUGUGAGCUCAGGUCUAGGGAGACUUUUAUAGUUAAAGCUGGACUAUAUCGUAUUAUAAAGGAGCCAAACAUUGAGGUUAGCAAAUGUCGAGAACUUUUACUUUACCACAAUGACCCAAAACUACGAGAAAGUACUUUGAAUUAUGUGACAUCACACUGACAUGCCAGCACUGGGGUUUUGGCGUGAAACUUAAUAAAGGGAAGUUUGGCUUUCAUUUUCUCUUGCGCAACCAAACUUUUACCUCAAAAUAUUGAAAAUAGAAUUCUCAACGAACUUUUGAUUAGCAGUGAUUUACUGUUUCUCUUUAGUGUCCCUUUAUCGUACAUUUAGCUGUAAGGAAACUGUCAACUCUCAAAACUAGAGGAAUUUUUGGUCUAGUUGGUACAUUUCGACAACAUGAAAGGUGCACACCAUGUUUUCUGUAUGUAUUUCCUGUUUUCGUAUAUGUUGUCAUGUUAUAGUUACCCACCAUGAAGCAAAAUUUUCUACGGUUCUGUUGUUCAACACCCAAUACACGGUGUGAUGGAAGGGAUCAUUACCUGCUGUCCAUAUAUUUUUCUUAUUAUUCUAAAUGCAUGUAAUGAUUGAGUUGUUCAGUGCAUUCAUGUAAAUAAGCAGUUUUUCUUUUGUUGGCGUUAUAAGCUUGACAAGAGUGUGGUGUGGUCAGGGCAGUUGAGAAAUACGGAAGCACACCUGCCUGCUUAGCAGAAUUUCGCGAGGCCUAGCGAGUACUCCUCAAUAAAAGUGAGAUAUGAGCACUGAUUCCUUCAACCCGAUGACACUGCUUAUGAUGCAGCAUGCAAAGAUUUUGCAUGAGGGUUGUAUUUUAUAAGAAACCUCAUCCAUCAGUUCAUCUUCUUUUUUUUUUUUCAUCCCUCCUGCUGAGCAUCUCAUCAUGUCAGUGAUGGCAGCAUCACGGCAUGCCAGCCAGUGUCAAAUUACAAAAAUAAUGCAAAAUGAAUCUUUACAAAUUCUGGCCCCAGAACCUUCUUUUUCCCCCACCAAAUGUGUCUUGCCAUCGUACCUUGACAUCAGUAUUCAGUAAAUAUGGGGCAAAGUCGUAAAGUAACUGCAGUUUUUUUCUUUGUCAUAAUAGAAAGGAUUUAAAGCAGUCAACCUAGUGCCUCACACAAUCGGCACAUGUGCGCCAACAAUUAUAUAGAUGCCUCAGGAGAAAAACAUGCUUUGGGUGAUACCAGGAGCAAAAAUGCAGCACUAUGUAUACUUUCGGCACCCUCAUCUGUGGCUAGUGUCAGGUUCCAGUAUGCAACCGGCUGAAUGCUGUCAAAAUGCAAACCCUGCUUUUUGUCAUCAUACAUGCCGUGUGCAAGCGCAUAAGUUUUUUUUUUUAUGCGAUAAACAGACCAGACACGAGCAGACCACAGCAUUUUGAGCUUGUGGAAGGCUUCAACUUGUUCGUGAGGAGGUUGCAAUAUGAUGCACCUCGAAAACUCAUCAUGAAAUGAUGUAAUAUUAGACUGUUGUCUCUACAUGGUCCCACCCGCUGCCGUGGCUUAACGGCUAUGGUGUUGCGCUGCUAAGCACGAAGUCGCAAGAUCAAAUUCCGGCCGCCACGGCUGCAUUUCGAUGGGGGUGAAAUGCAAGAAUGCCCAUGUCCCAUGUAUUGGGGGCACAUUAAACAUCCUCUGGUGUUGAAAAUUAAUCCAGAGUCCCCCACUAUGGCAUGCCUCAUAAUCAGAUUGUGGUUUUAGCACGUAAAACCCCAGAAUUCAAUUCAAUUCCCUACAUGGUCCCAGAACACCAUGCCAUGUCUGCACUUCUCUGAACCUCUUUGUCUUUGUGAUGAAUUGUGCCUUCACUCUUUGGUUGCUCACUUUCUAUACGGCUGUUCAUAGUAUUAUCAGGUGGGCAUUGUGGAUAUGACAGCUCGUCCCCUAUGGAAGUUCAUUGGAGAAAAUAUAUCUCCUUUAAUUUUGUAGUGUCGUAACAGCAUCCUGCACACAUUCAUCUACUGCUGCUUUAUGUCUGGCGUUAGUUGUUUUGAUGCUCACCUAGUGGACAUUUUGCAAUGCACAACAUAUUGAAAAACAUGAUGAUCCAUGCAAUGUAGAAUGCUCUAUUUCACAACCACUUCAUUCAUAUUGGUAUGAGCAUUUUCAUGAACUGUAAAGCUUUUGAUACUGAGCCAGAAUGAGGUGUUUCAGUCAGACUUCACUGACUGCUGUAGAACUUCUUGUGCUAUGCAUAUGCCUGCCCAACUGUCAAACAGGCGCCUCUGUACUACUCCGACAUUCUACAGUACUUUUUCUAGGGGUUCUCUCUCUUCACUCCCAGAAACUAUUAAGCAAUGCCCCUCUCUGGUGCAUACGUACAAGUGAUUGACCAUAUUGAGAGCACUGUGGUCACGUGAUAUCUCCCCUCAGGAUGUUGGGCCGAUGCGCACAGAUGGGUCUAGUGCAUGGCGAAACACUGUUUGAAGUGGACCUUUUGCAAAGGUGCUUUGGUUUUGUGUAUCUGAGCUGUGCAUUCUUUUUGACUUUGCCUCGUACAAAAGUGGGUGGCCGAGGGCAGAUAUAAAGUAGAUAACAUGCUAAGAUGCCGUACUUCUCAUUGAACAAAUAAUGUGAAAAGAAAGUGAGGAGAGGACUAUGCAGUCAAACCUGAUUUAUAUGAAUCCCUCUUAAAUCAAGUUAUCCCUAACAUAGGACAAUUUCUGAGCAUUGUGAAGCUACAGCGAGAAUGCAUAGCAAAAUGUACAAUUGCAUAAAACGAAGAUCAUAUUCACACCCGAUAGACCUGCUCGCACUGCAGUGGCAUUCACCAUGCACAGACGUUUAGCGCUGUAGCCAUGCACCAAGAUAUGCCAACAGCCACUUGAGCGGGAUGGCGAGGGUAAUAGCUUGUACAUUGGUCAGCAUGACUUGCAUGGGUCUUUCAUGCUGGUCAAAGAAACCUUGAUUUCGUUAAACUACUGAAAAAAGAAAUCUUGAAGAAGUUUUAGUAGUAAAAUUUCAUAACACUUUACCAUACCAAAUUCAUGGGCACUUUUCUGCAAGUUCAGUAUUUACAGGUUUGAUUUAGUAGAUUGUGCACUAGGAAAGCCGCCAUGACUCAGAGCCAACUGUAAGCAGUCCUUUGGUGUUAGCCACUCUUUUAAUUAUUAUUUAAUUUAUUUGCAUCAUACCUUACUGCACUGCUUUGCUCUAGUGGGGACUGCCUUCCUAGUAGAGUGACGCCAGAAAUAUUGUGCAUUUCCUGCUACUUCUGCAGGUCACUGUUCAUGUUGAUGUGCCUUUAACCGGCAGCUGUGAGGGCAGCAGGAACGGCAAUUCUUAAAGCCGUUUCUUGAAGUCACAGUUGUGUAAUUAGCUCGUAAAACUCUUUUCAAAACCUUUGAGGCUCAAAUCAAGCAAUGUGACUGAAAAAAACUUCACUUCCUAGAAAUUGCUAUGUAAAGCUAGGCUUGAAGAUAGAAAGAGGUAGUGAACUUUGAGAGACAAUUGGUGCAAUUCUUGUUUAGUGUUCAACAAAUUUUGCUAACAUACUGUGAGGUGAAAAUGUGUCGUGCUUGCAGCAUGUAACCUGCCAUUGUGGCUCAAUUGCUUUGGCGUCCUGCUUCUAGACGUGAGGUCGUGGGUUCGAUACUUGCCUACAGAGACUGCAUACUGAUGGUGGACGGAUUGUAAGUGUGUCUGUGGGCUGUGAUUUCAAUAAAUCGCAAGGAACGUCAUAAGGUUGAAUUUAACCACUAGCUAUAGCCCAACUAUAGCUCUCGCCCAGCUCUCGAGGGAAAAAAACUCGCAAUUUCUGAAUUUUGAAACCAUAAAAUGCUUUCAAGUUCAACCAUUUGGACUGGUAGCAUGCAAGGUUUUUUUUUUUUUUUCUAUUAUUAUGGCAUCGAAUCUCCCUUCUUUGUCUUUCCUUUUAGAUUUUGCUUGCUUUCUGUUUUUUCUGCGUCACUUUUCAUUCAAAAGCUGUUUUGCUGACACAGAAGUUAGGCAGCUUAACUUGCAGCCUUUAAAUGUUAUCGCUGACUAAUACUGCAGACUGCAGUGGUAAGGAGUGAGAAAAGUCAUACUGUAACAUUGUGGCAAUUUGACAUUUUUAAUCCCUUAAAGGGGCCCUGAACCACCCCUUGGGCUUCGUGAAAUAACACAGUCCGUGGGUAGCAUACGCUGUUGUGAACAUCUCAGCCAAGUUCUGCUGUCCUACGCGGUCCGUGGAGCUCGCAAGCGGAGCGCGAAGUCACCUUUUUCUCAAACGCUCUCGUUUCAAAAACCCCAUGAUCCUCGCUCUUUUCUGUGUGCUUUAUUUCGUCAUAAAGCACACUCCAAUACGCGGCUGCUAUUGGUCGCUGCGCUCGGCAACACCGCGGCCGCUGCGAGGUGCCGCCACGAGUCCAGUGGCUAAGCGCACUGCGGCUCUCUGAGGACAGCUGCGUUUGGCUUACGUUUGGCGCGGAAUAGGCACCAAAUCGGAAAUUUAAACUGCGCGCCACGGUGACGUCUCUGCCGUAGCCUUCACAGUGCAAGGCAUUGGAGGAGGAAGGCGAGCACAGCUGAGGCCGUGUUUGAUUGCCGAUAACUCCGCUUCUGCUGAACGCAUUGAAGUACUUUUUGCAGCAAAGUGGUUCUGAAAUAGCCUAUCUUCACUUCAAAUGUCUUUCUCCACUUCGAUAAAAAGUGGUUCAGGGCCCCCUUAAGGCUUUAUUUUUUUUAGCAAAAGUGACCAUAUUUAGCUUUCUUUUUCAUACGGCUUACUUUCAAAGUGCACUCCAUCGAAAACCCUACUGAAGCUUUUUCCACCAAUUUGCUUUAUGUUUUAAGUAUGAAAACCUCAUUUUACCUAUUCACUUUGCAACAGAUAUGUACUUGUCAGUGCCACAAACGUUCUGUUAGAAACAAGGAAAGAGGCUUUAUUUUACCGUGUUUCAAGAUCAACUAUUCUGCGAAGCAAAGUUGUUCACCGAAGAAAGGUUUUUAUGCAUUCUAGCACUUCUAAGGCAGGUCAGAAUCGAGCAGCGGCUGUUUGCCUGCACGACUCGCAUGCGAGUUGUCAGUGGCAGACACUGUCGUUCAGAUCUGCCAAAAGGCACAAAAAACACAGUCUUUGAGCGCUGACAAAGUACUGCUAUCUCUGUAGUAGAAAACAAAGACUGGAAUAAUUGUGCCUGCCAAGCGCUGACAAAAUGGCUGCCAUCUAUGUUGUAGAAUGUGAAGGCUGAAUCAACGUGGCCUUCGAGGUGCUGAAAAAGUGCCAACAUCUAUGUAGUAAAACAAAAAAGAACAAAAUAACCGUGGAUUUCAAACGCUGCCACUUGCCCAAAUCCUUUGAAAAUGAGAUUGACUGUUGACAAGCUGGGAGCUCAUCCAAAGCAAAAUUAACCAGGAUUGCAUUGACAAGCUGAGCUUGUCCAAAACACUUAAGGGGCUAAGUAACAUACCCUAAUGCGAUCUUAAAGUGCAUGUCUUUGCCUUUUUGCAACUUCGGUUGACUCACAUAAAAUUUGGGUUCUCAAGAAUUAAGUUAUGUGCACUCAUUUAGGCCAAGCAGUUCUGCUGAAACAAGCACAGCACAGAAAAUAAACAAGUGAAGGUAUGUUUCGUAGAGCUGGCUAACUGACAUAACAUGCCUUUUGAAGAUUUGGUUGUUGGUUUGCCUGUGGUUUUUGUCAGUUAUCUUUGGUGUGUGUGGACAUGCUUGCACACACAUACGAGGGGGACCCAAAAGUAGAGAAUUUUUUCACUGAGGUGGUAAGGUAGUUGCGUACCACAAGCACACUACACUAUCAUCUACACGAGUUGAAAAAGUAGAAUCCUUAUGUGAACAUUUGUCUGCUCACUGCAUUGCUUUCUUUUGAGCCCCUGUCGCUGUCUGCGUCAGUUUUGCAAUGGCAGAUGCCAAAAACAGUAUGAACAUCAAGUUUUGUUCUCUCUUUGAAAUUUCUUUUUAUAUUAAAGAGCUUGCUAAUUUUAACUUGGUACUGCAAGGUGAGAUAGUCAGCCAGCGUUUUUAUGUUGGGGUUGCGUGAUGCAUUUAGAAGGAAACUUCACAAUUUGUGGAACUCUGGAAACCGGCUUGUGUGCCAUGACAAUGCUCCCGCCCACAUAACACUGAGCGUGCAGCACACUUCCUGACAAAAAUGGCAUAACAAUGCUGUCUUACCUUACCCUGUCUACUCCCUGUAUCUCACCCCUUGUUACUUCUUAUCUCCAAGACUACAAUGAGAGCUUAAAGGAAAGCAUUUUGAACAUGUGGAGGUGAUAACAAAUAAAAUGACGGAAGCGCUGAGCUUCACAAGUUUGUAGAGUCCCUGAACAGUGUUGAAUAAAGAAUAAAGGGUUAGGCCAAGUUCAUUGCAUCCCUGAGAGAGUAUUUUGAAGGCGAUGGAAGUUUUGGAAAAUUCCAAGUAAUCUGAUAAUUAAUAAAAAAAACAAGUCUGGUUACUUUUGGACACCCCCCCCCCCAUACAUACAUACAUACUUCUGCACACAUUCACAAAAUAUCUUCUGUAGUGUUGUGUAGUAGGGAACUGCGCCUGCAUUUUGUGAUGGUCCAUUUAAUUUUCCAUUUUUCUUAUCAUGCAGUUGGGCAGCAUCUGAGCCAGUGAUGGAGGGUGAAAAGAAUGGAAAAGGAAAGAGAUCACAAGAAAAUGUGGCCCUUGUUUGCCAAAUGAAAAGCAAAACUAAACUAGCGGUGGCAUUAACUGAAAUAUUACAAUGUGUAGAAUUGCAUGCAAAAGUUUGUUUGACAUCUUGCAUUUUUUUACUAAAUAGCAGUACAUAAUUCGGCAUGCUUGAAUGUAAGAAAUCAAUGUUUUGUUUUCAUAGAUGAAAAGGGAAACUUUAAGGGGCCCUUACCAGGUUUGGGCACUGCGAGGCAAUGGCGGCACAUAGAUGUUGCAGUGACAGUCUUGUCUGCUGAGUAUUACACUGAUGUACACCGUGAAAACAGCUGAAAAUUUUAACAAAAGCUUGCACUCUCAUUCAGAGGAGCCUCUCGUUUCCUGCCAGCAAAAAUGGCAUCUCAUGUGUGGCACUUUAACAUCGCACAAGUGAUUUAAUGCACAAGUAGCCAGCAGCAGCACAAACAACUUGGGGAUUCUUGUGUAAAGCACAAUACUAUCUCCAAAAAUACAUUACACAGCAGAAAAUUUAAAAAAGAGAGGAAAGAAAGGAACGAAGAGGUGGUAGUUCAUGACAUAAACAUCAAAUGGGUCUUUGGCUCUGAUGUGGGAGAAGGCAGAAGUGGAGUGUCAGUUGCAGGCGCUUAGCGAGGCAGCUGAAGAGAGCCUCUGCUACAGGAUGGGUAGCUUACCUCUUCACACUAUGGCCUUGCAACGUUUCAGUUGUUUCUAUCUCAUCCACUACCGAACUUGUUAUACAAUUUUUUUCUGUUGAACGCUCCUUUAAUGGCACACUUCACAACUUCUAGCGUGUAACCAAAAUUGCUGAUGGGGCCUGGUUAGGGGCCCUUCAAAGGAACCAGUGCUCAAUCAAAAUAUGUGAUGAGAUAAUGAUGCAGGAAAAAGGCCACACCUCAUACUGAUCAAAAUAAAUCUGGACAUUAUUCUUUAUAUAACAAGCUUUAUUUUUAAUUUGAGAGAAAGUUGAGCAAAAAUGGUGUUUCAGGACUCGGCACUUAAACGCUGUCAUUAAACCUGUUUGUGCUUCAUGCUAUCUCGCAUCGGUGUGCAUACCUAAGUUGCUCCACGUUUCAUCAAAAAUAAUUUUUGGUAGCAUUGGGACACUUUUGCAUUUAAAAAUUUUGUUUUGCUUUGCCUUGUAUGCUUGCAUGCGCAUGUGUGCACAUACAGUAAGUGGCUGCAAUAUUAACCGGAUAAAAGAAGCUUGAUUAGCCAGACCUCAUUCUGAGGCCAAAAAUUAAGCAUUUGGAACAAAGAUUAAAACUUACCUACAAUCAUUGUCUAUGAUAACUGCAGUCAUAGUCUCGUCACUUGUUCUUCAAAUGCUUUGUCAACGUUUCUUGAAGGUGUGAACGAUGUGUCAGGUGCAAUUUUUCUCUUGUUUGUCUGUGCAUGCUUGCACGUAUGAAUUUAUGGGUGCGCAUGUAUGUGUGUGUGUGCACACAAACAUUUAAAAACAUUUUUUUGUCUACCUCAUGUUACUUUUUUCCUUCUUUCCCUUCUCUCAUUUUUUCACUUCUCUGCAAGCGCAUCUUGGUGAUGUUUGCACCUGGCAAAUGCCCCUGCCACUCUAAAUAGUGCUCAGAUCCAUUAGAAUAUCUUGGCAAAAAAAAAAAAAGAUUAUGCACAUUACAUUAUUUAGCUAUUGCAAAGGCCUAUCACAUGUUUGUGGGCAAACUUUUCUUGCUGCCAAGGCUACGUCAUUUGCAGUUCACUUUCUGCACUAUUGCCAGCAUCCACCCAUAGCAAAGUUGGGAGUUAGUAGGUUGAAAAGUUAUUCAAAAGGUUUUUCUUUUCUUUUUUUUCCGCCUUAUCUGAAGCAAGUGUUGCGGGUCUGGGUAAUAUUGGACGUAAGCUUUCCAUUGCGGUACAAAAGAAAUGGCGACCUUCAAAAUCGAUUGUCGGUCUCUUAAAAUGAAACUGUAAUAGUCAUUCGCACUUAUUUUUCUACAUCAAGUGCAAAGCAUUAGUGUAGAGAUGACUGUUUUCAGUGUUUCUAUUAAGGUACAAAUGAAAAGCAGAUCUCAAUACAUAAUAUGUGUGCACUUAUCAUGAGUCUUUCUGUACUGUCUAUUUGUGACACUACUGACACAUUUGUGUGCAUGGUGAUCUGCCAGGUGGGGUGUCAGUGUUUAUAACGACUUUUCCUGCUGCAGCUAGAUAGCUUGUGAGGGUGGAUAUGUUUGUGAGGUGCCACUUACACCAGGAGAUGGAGUUCGGGAGGUGUGCUUUGUGGCAUCAUUUUGUUGGAGUGUUUCGGCUAGGUAGUAGGCAGCUGCAGUAUUACCACCGUCGUUACUGCAAAUUGUUGCUACCACUGCAUUGAAAAAUAUAUAUUUUAUGGCUGUUUCUAGACCACACUGGUAAGAUUUCAGUGGUAACAUGUUACGUUUUAUAGAGACCAUUCAUAAUAGUGCAGGCACCAAAAGAUUAAAUGCUCUACUCAUGUUCAUGAUUGGACUCUGUAGUCGCCCACUUUGAGAAGUUCUUUCAUGUGAAGUGCAUUCUGUUUGAUGCAUUGAUUAGUGAGGUGAAAGUUUGUUAAGCAAUUGCUUAAAGUAUUACUUAUUUCGAAAUUGUCAAUGUGAGAAUCUUUUGUCACUUUCUGACUGCACCCAAUCCAAAUAACAAUAACCGCAUGCCAAAUUUUUUCAUGUUUGUGUGAAUACAAAAACAUUUGAGGUUGAAAGGAUUUGGGGCAGUCUUGAUUAUUGUGCUUUGAAAGGUGUGGUUUAUAAGGAUGAUGAUUCUGGUUCAUACACAAAGGUGAAUGUGCUUCUGUACUUCUAGAGGUGUAUAUUGUGGAGACGGGUAUAUACUGGAGCUUACAAAAAACAUUUCUGGCGAUAUUAUUUGCAAUGUAUAGUCUGUAAAUUUUCCUAGAUACAUCCUUCCAAUACAUGGUCUUGUAUGUGAAAAUAAAAUGUUAGCAAAGCAAGCAGUCUUCCAAUGGCCAAGUUCUCAAAAAAAAUUUUACAAAGAAAGGAAGUUGCAGUUUUUUACUAAUAACUUCCAUAUAAAAGUUAUACUUCAGGUUGUGUUCACAUAGUAUACACUGGCACUGCAUUUGGCAGAAAGAGACUUGAGGACGAGCAUAUCAGUUUGGACUAGUUGAUAAUGCAUAAUUUGCGUGUAGAUGACAUGUGACAACGAACAAAGAAUGAGACUGUGCUGCACGUAACAAUAACAUUCAAAUGCAUUAAAAUUUUUUUUUUAACCUUACAUCACUUACAAGGAUCAUCAUGCUACCUCGAAGCAAGCAUGCUCACAGAAAUGUGAAUUCUUUUUGUGAUAGCAUGAUUGAAGGUUUAUACACUGAGAGGUCUCCACGCCUAGGUACCCAUUUCACUUCAAUAUCCUCUGUGGUCAGCUGAUUAUGGCUUUUCCCUAGAAUAAUGGCGUUCGUGUUAGCCAUGCCAUGACCAUAAUCAAUGGUACUGGAGGUCUUGCUGAAGCAAAUUAGCUUCUGUAGCUUAUCUGCAGAGCACACCACCUUCAAACACAUGCUGUUUUCUUCAAGUGGUUGGAAACACAUUGAAUGUAUGGGAUCACAGUAAAUACUGGAUCAUGACCCUAUGUAAAUGCUAGCUAUGGCCACCAUAAAAGUAAAACAGUUAGAAAUUAGCACUAUGUGUGUCUGUAUCUGUUCCUUUGUGCUACCUGCAGUUGAAUCAGGCUUUGGGUGGGAGGGGGGAGGGGCAGGGGACUUGCAUACAUGGAAGAAUCUAUAGAAAAUAUGCAUUAUUGCUUUAAUGUUUCAACCCAAUUUACUGUCAAGUUUUGCUUAAAUAGUAGUUUCAGAUAAUUCUGUUGCUCUGUGCAUGGCUCUUAGGCUGGAGCCAGUUAUUUUCUUUCAUUGUGCAUCCAGAAAGCAAUGCUUUCAGUUCUUAAAACAUUUUAGGAUGCCCCAUGGCAGUAGUGUACAACACAAGCAUCUGGGACAUGUAGAAAGGGAUUGGCUUAGAAUGUGGCCUCUGACUUGCCAGUCUUGUACCUUAACUGGUAUCAUUCACCAUGACCUCACUGAUAAUUUUUUUUCUAACAUUGCAGUCUCCAUUAUAUGAAUGUGAAGUGUGGUGCAUGAUGAAAGGAUUCACACGCACUGGAUGUAAAAACCUGACAGUUGUUUUCUGUAGCUUUGAAUGUUCCCACUGUGAUGACAUUCAUAAUGAAGGAAUGCGGUGCUUAUGUUUUAACUUUACUGCCUUCACCAGCCUUGAGGCCUCUUUGUUUUUGGUAUGCAUGUGUGCAAUGUAAAGAAAUGCUGAAGUAUACAGUAGCACAAUACUCGGAUGUAUUUUUGCUGAGUAAUAUUUGAGGAGAAGGCAGGGUGAAUAUUUUUUCUGAGGUAAUUUUUGGCUAUUGCCCUGUGUAUAUAUGAGUGCAGUCAUCUCCACUGGCUGUUACUGGGAUAAAACGAAACUAUCGUGGUGAUAUUGUCCUUUUUAAGGUUUCGUUUUUACAAUGGAAUCAAUGAUAGCCGCACCUUGUAUGCAGGCUGACAAGGUUGUUAUUGUUUUUUUUUUAGUCAUCAUGCCCAUAUGUUUUCGGUCCAGUGUAGUAAAAAUUGUUUCUGAUUAGGCAGGGGUGAACAAUGGCGUCUUUAGGCUCUUGCAUCUGAAUGUUCCUCCUCAGUGUUUGUGACAAGUGAGGAUGUAAGGGAUUUGGAACGCCAUUACUCACCUUCUGAUUUGGUCGGUCAUUGCACUUUUGUCUCAUUGUCAUGGCUUCUUGCCAUAUUAACUUCCAGUGAACUGUGAUUGUGUUUUGUGUAUGUGCAGCAUGUAUACACAUUUUGUGUUUCAGCAUGUCUUUCCCAUUUAUUGCUUUCAGAUUCUCAGGUCACUUAAUUGAAAAUGAAAAAAUGAAUUUCAUUACUCUGAAUAAAAAGAAAUAAUUACUGACA